AUGGUCUCUGACCCUCCAAAAUUUAGUUAUCUUUCUCUUUCUCUGACGGCUAUUUCGAAUUUCGCGGAAUCACUUUGAACACGGCAUAAAUUCAACAGAUGAAUGCCGUUUUCAAAGUGCUUUUCGCAAAAUCCAUAAUUAUCUGUGAUCUCCUAAUCUUUUUUCUCUCUUAAGGCUAUUUUCGAAAAUCACUCACACGGCGUUUCUAAUGUAAUAUGUUAUUAGGUCUCAUCUCUAUACGUUGCUGUGCUCUAAAAUUCCUCCAAAUGCUUUGUUUAGUUACAACCAUAAAAUAAAUUGAUGGAAAUUAUUUGGAACAAAUCUGAUGAAAACUACCAGAGACUUUUUGAAAAAACCUUUUGUCCUUAAUUUAAUUUAUUCAGUUUUAGGAAGUAUUUUGAGUUACACAACUCUUAGCGUUUUGUUGUCGUUUUUUUUUUUCGGAAAUUAAUAACGCUUCACUUCUUUGCCUUUUUGUUAAAGUCAUAUUUUUCAGGGAUUAAUUUUCUUCUGAUUUCUGCAGCAUCCUGAAAAUAAGAGAAUGACCGAAGCUGUGAGGAUAUUUUUUUUUAAUUUUUUCUUUUUAAUGAUGGUUUCAGGCCCUUCAAGAAAAAAAGAUCUCGGCAACACUGCCUACAAAGCUAAAGAUUUUGGCAAGGCGCACCAACAUUACGAUAAAGCCAUUGAGUUGGAUCCAAAAAACAUUACGUUUUACACAAAUAAAGCAGGUUUGUUUGUGUUUUUCGAGAAUAUUUUGUUUCUAGUCAAUUUCCAAAUUUGUCAUACUCUAAGUUCUUUACCGUGUUAUUUGCCCAAGUAGAAACUUCUUUUUUUCCCCUAGAAAACACAUUGGAGUUGAUUUUUUUUUUUCGACAGAAAGAGGCAGUUUAGACUAGGGGUUUUCUGAGUGCUUCAUGACUCUCAUUACCGAGGCACACGCAUCAGUAGAAGUCAGGAUUAUAUUUACGAUAACGACCGAAUGAUCCUCUAGCCAGUGUGUUUGAAUCAGUAUUCAGCUCAGGUAUGAGAUAAUUCGUAUAUUUAGCGGUGUUCUACGAAGAAGGCAAACUGGAUGAAUGUGUGGAACAGUGCAAUAAAGCGAUCGACAUUGGUCGUGAAACACGAGCGGAUUACAAGCUAAUUGCAAAGUAUUAUAAAUUGAUUUCUGCUGUUUAUCCUCGAUAUUUCAGAGCGAUGGCUAGAGCUGGCAAUGCGUUCCAGAAGAAGGAUGACUUGAAGCAGGCCCUGAGCUGGUUUGAGAAAUCUCUGUCCGAGUUUCGGGAUCCGGUUGGUUUUUUGCUUUUCACAAACAUCCUCGUAGUGUGGAAUAGUAAAUCACUUACUGUAUAUAAUUUUUUGUAAUUUUGAUCAUUUUGAUUAGAAGUUCAACGUAUAUUUUUCAACUUUCCCUUGUUAACGGAUGACUUGAGCCAUCGAUUAAAGGACCUGGCACGAUAAAAAAAGAAACAGUGCCUGGUUGUUGGAGAGCGCAGACACACGCCAAUCGGCUAUAUAUCAUUAAUCAUGAAAAAUAAUUCUUUGGAAAUAUUUGAUUACUCACAUUGAAACGACUCGACCUGGAAAAAUGUUUGUAGGAACUUGUAAAGAAGGCGAAAGCCCUGGAGAAGAACAUCAAGGAAGCAGAAAGACUGGCUUACGUCAAUCCUGAAAUCGCCAAGAAGGAAAAAGAGUCAGGAAAUGAAUUUUUCAAGGUUUUUUUUUCCAAUUUCAAAGAAGAAAUGUGCGAUAAUUUUUUUUAGAAAGGCGAUUAUCCGACCGCCAUGCGUCAUUACAACGAAGCCGUGAAAAGAGAUCCGCUAAACGCGAUUCUUUACUCGAACAGAGCCGCUUGUCUCACAAAGCUGAUGGAGUUCCAACGAGCCCUCGAGGACUGUGACACUUGCAUCAAGCUCGACCCCAAAUUCAGUCCGUUUGUUUCCACUCGGCGCAGAGUUGUCAAGAUCGGGAACCGCAUGAAUAGGCAAUGUCGAAAAGGGAUCCAUAGGAAUGUUCCUUUUAGGGUUAAAAAAAGGCUCAUUUUUUGCGCCAUUUUAUCAGCUCCUAUGCACCAUUUUUGCUGCCUCUCCCUUCUUCCACCAUUUCUUGAGUCGUUGAUGAUUCUUUAAAAAAAAAUGGAAAGAGACUCUUUUUUCUGUCCUUCUGCGGCCUUUUUUGAGCCUCUCCUUUUUGGCCACCACCUACCAUUGUAACUUUGCCCGAGUAUAUAGGAAAUGCGGUCAGCAUAUCAGAAAAUUUCAAGAAGUUUGGCUAAAUUCAAGACCACGAACAUCAUAAUUUUGAUACGAAAGUUUUUAUCGAGCUGAUUUUUUUUGUUAUAUUGUAAAUUCGAAAUUACUAGUUUUUUUUUUGAAGGCUCACUAGGGAAACAACGCGAACUGGUAAUCGCGGAUAAAGUUCAAACUUUGGUGGUUUAUAGAUCUAGAUAAGGGUACUUGAAAACAGAAUUUCUUAUCUGCUGAACCCAAUGAAAGUUUGAAAGUUUGAAAGUUUUUAUUCAGUCUUCAGAGUAGGUUCUCUGCUGAAUCAUGAAUCGAACCCGAUGAGGUACCGAGAAAAAAGCUUGUUGAAAAUGAACAGUUCAGGCUUGAAAAUAGUCAAAUUUCUGCUUUUCUCCGUCCUAUCAUUUUUGCUGGAAAAAAUUGUUAAUGUUCAUCAUAGCUGGAUCAUACAAGGCAGUUGCAUUUGAAUAUAAAACAAACUAGACCUGUUUUAAAAAAAAAUGAAUUUUUAAUCAUAUAUUCCGUAGUGCCCGUAGUUACAACAAGAAGAUGAGUUUCAAAGAUAGCUUUUUUAAAUCGAGAUCGGGCUGAUUUGACAUAAUUUGAAAAUGUAUAUUUGAUGCCCUUAUCUCCCUCAUUUCCUUGACCCUUUUUGUGAGUAUCUCACCUAUCAAUUUUCGUAUCAAGCCGUGCGUUGUAACAACAAGACGACGUUUCUGUUUUCAGUCAAGGGUUACAUUCGCAAAGCAGCGGCUUUGACAGCAAUGAAAGAAUGGAGCCAGGCUCAGAGGGCCUACGAAGACGCCCUCAACAUUGAUUCGACCAACGCCGAAGCUCAGGAAGGACUCCGAAAUUGCAUCCGCAACAAUGACGAAGACCCAGAAAAGGUUUUCUCGAAUUUUUUGAAGUUUUAAGCUUUUUUCUCAUAGGCACGUGAACGCUUGAUGAAUGAUCCGGAAGUGCAAGAAAUUCUGCGCGAUCCUGGAAUGCGUAUCCUUUUAGAACAGAUGAGCCAGGUGCGUUUUUCUCUUCUCCGGACUGUUUCUCAUUAUACACUUCCAUCACUACAUUCAAAGACUUUUAGGAUCCCGGAGCGGUUAGAGAGCAUCUCCAGAACCCGGAAAUUCGCAAGAAACUUUUGAAACUCCGCGAUGCCGGCAUCAUCCAGAUGCGAUAA